AUGUAUAGCGCCGUUAUUGUCCUCUUGAUUGCUCUCAUUGGCGAAGAAACAAUCUACGAUCGAACGGUUGUACCCAUUCCUUCCCGACCAACAACAGGCCCGCGGUACCGCGUAGAAACUUUAGUGGGAAUCACUGGUGUCAAGAUGUCAAAGUACAGGGCGUCCUGGUCGCAGACCAUCUUGUCUCCCUUCAAUGUUUUAUGGAGACCCCAUCUGAUUAGUAUCCUUAUUUUUGAGGCUAUGGUAUUCAGAUUCGGAAUUGGAAUCAAUGUCACCAAUGCAGUCUUCCUGGCAAGCCCCCCGUAUAGCUUCAGUCAAGACGCUAUCGCAGGUGCAUAUGGGACGCCGAUUGUGUCGGUAAUCAUUGGCGAGCUCAUUGGCCAUUACUUGAACGACUGGAUCACGAACAUUACCGUGCGACGCAACAAAGGCGUCUUUGAGGCGGAGAGCCGACUCCUUGCUUGCUACAUAGCUAUGCCACUGUAUAUCUGUGGGUUUGUGCUGUUAGGCGCUUCCCUCCAAAACCAUUUGAGCGUGGUCGCCUUGAUCUUUGGCUGGGGAAUAGCCCAAUUGGGGAUCAUGAUUGCCACCGUUUCUGUUUAUGCGUACUGCAACGACUGCUUCCCACGACAACAGGGAGAAAUCAGCGCUCUCCUUACUGUGUCUAGGAUCUUGGGAGGCUUUUCUGUUGCGUACUAUCAAGUCCCAUGGGCGGAGAAACACGGCGCACUACAGACCUUCGGUGUUGAGGCUGCUAUCGUUGUAGGAUUGUUUAUCCUCAUUGUACCAUUCCUUCAGUGGAAGGGUUCAUCCCUCAGAGUAAGCGCGGGCUCCAUCUGGCGAAUCAGCGAGCACCGAGACUAA